UGUACAGUGACCUAGUCAAUGAACGCCUCAGCCAACGUUCACGAUGCAUAUAGAGAAGCCCCCAAGCACCACCGCGGAGCACCACCAGCACGCCGAUGAAUCCACCUUGCACGGCGCCGAUGACAAGCCAGAUGGGGCGGGGGGUUCGUCGCGCGACGGCGAUGUCGCGCUUCAGCUCGUGGACACGCUCAUCGCCGGCGGCUUCACCGAGGCGGAGCAGCGGCAGACGCUCCGGCGCAUCGACUGCGUCCUCAUGCCCAUCAUGUUCGUGACCAACGCGCUGCAGUUCAUGGACAAGGCCUGCCUGACGGGGGCCGCGAUGUUUGGCGUCCUCACGGACCUGCACCUGAUUACACUCGGUUAUAAGGGAGGCAAGGUCGUCGUCGACUCGUCCAGGUAUUCCUACGUGUCCCUCAUCUUCUACUGGGGAUACCUUCUCGGGCUCCUCCCCGGCGUCUAUCUGAGUCAAAAGUUCCCCCUCGGAAAAUACGCCUCCAUCAUUGCAGUCCUAUGGGGCGGCGUCACCGUCUGCACCGUCGCCGUGCACUCCUACCAAGGCCUGCUCGUGCAGCGCUUCUUCCUCGGGGUCACCGAGGCGGGCAUGGCACCCGCCUUUUCUCUCAUCACCGUCAUGUGGUACAAGCGCCGCGAGCAGCCCCUGAGAUACGCGAUAUGGUAUUCGGCCACGGGCAUGGGCGUGCUCAUCGGCACGCUCCUCCUGUACGCCAUCGGGCAGAUCAAGGGCCCCCUGGCCGCCUGGAGAUACCAAUUCAUGAUCAUCGGAUGCAUCACCGCCGUCUGGGGCAUCCUGCUCUGGUUCGUCCUCCCCGACAGUCCGCUCACCGCGCGCUUCCUCUCCCAGAGGCUCAAGAUCGUGGCCGUCGAGAGGCUGCGCUACGAGCAGAUUGGCAUCGAGAACAAGACCAUCAAGCGCGAGCAGGUCCGCGAGGCGUUUACCGACCCCAAGACGUACCUCUACAUGGUCAUGGUCUUUGCCGUCAGCCUGACCAACGGGGCCACGUCUGGGUUCGGCUCCAUCAUUGUCCAGUCGUUUGGCUAUCCCCCUCUCAAGACCGUGCUCCUCCUCGGCGGAGCCGGCGCCACGCUCUUCGUGUCCCUCAUCGUGUGCGGCACAGGCGCCGUGUACAUCCACCACAGCCGGUCCGUCUUCGGCAUGGUCAGCUGCCUCCCCGUCAUCGCCGGCGCCGUCAUGGUGUGGAAGUCGGACUGGAGCACCAAGACCACGCCCCUCUGGGGCUUCUACCUGAGCUCCAUCUUUGCGACGACCCUGGUCAUGGUCCUCACGCUCAUGGCGGCCAACACGGCCGGCCACACCAAAAAGGCCGUCACCUCCGGCCUCGUCUGGGCGGCCUUUUGCGCCUCCAACGGCAUAGCUCCGUUGACCGUGCGCACCCAGGAGCAGGACGACCAUUACCCGACGGCUUGGGCCAUUAUCCUCUCCAUGAUGUCGCUGACGUUUGUGCUCAUGGCUUUCCUCCGCUUCUACCUGCUUCGUCUGAACAAGAAGAAGGACCAGGUGAAGCUCGUGAACCACGAAGAGGCCGCGCGGACUGCGUUUAUGGACAUGACGGACCGCGAGAACGAAAACUUUCGGUACGAGGCUUGAUGAAUGCGUGGAGAUGUCAAACUUCAACAGUCAAUGGGAACACGAAACCCACAGGCGGGGAGCGGCCGUUUUAGCGUGUAU